UAGUGGCCGGCUGAUGAAGAUGGCGGAGCAGCGCGAGCGGUGCAGGAUGCGCUCACGCGAAAUCAGCUUUUAACUUCUUUCUGUGAUGUCCAAAUGAUUCGGAUUCGUGCGACCAUUCUGAAAAUGGACAUUUGAAAAAAAUGAACAGGUGGUUCUGCUUGAAGACUAUUCUCGCACCAUAUUUGUUCAAACAGAUGAAUGAAACACCAGAAAUUUUUCGACCAAAAGUGUACAGCUUGAAAGAACAUGAGCCCUCUCUUCAUAUGAUGGCUCCAGCUGCUUACUUCUAGGGCUAUUUUAUGGACAAAGGGAGUACCAUACAAAAACGGAGAAGUCAGAAAAGUGGCGACUCCGUCACAGGCUAUGGGGGUCAUGGUGACCUAGAGUUAAAGCUCGAUUCCUGGCAGGGAAAUUUCACUCCAGUCUAAUUCCUGACCUCCUUUUCCUCUACCCCUCUCCUAGAGUGAGGCUUGGCCCUCUCUUUGUCCCUGCUGCCCACCUGGCCCAGAUAGCCAUGGCUGGCGUGAGGAAGUUGGCUCGAGCUGUCCGGCAUCAAGGUCUCCACCGCUUGAUCCUAGCGCUCAUCCUCUUCUGCCUGCUCUCCAUGGCCUAUCUAGCUUACCACGUCAGUGCUGGACCCAAGAUCAAGGAGGCCCCUUUGCCUCUCCCAUUGGGGGAGUGUGUUGCUACAUCAUUAGUUGGUGGCGGGCAAAGGACUCCACUAUUCUUGCCAUCGCAAGUCAGCCAGAGGCGACACCAAGUAAGGACAGUUGACAACUCACGGACAGAGCCUGUGGUACUAAUAUUUGUCGAAAGCAUCUAUUCUCAACUCGGACAAGAGAUUGUUGCCAUUUUAGAGUCAAGCCGCUUUCAUUACCGGACUGAAAUCGCUCCAGGGAAGGGUGACAUGCCUCCUUUAGCUUGGCGAGGUCGUGGGCGAUACACGCUCAUUGUCUUCGAGAACUUACUCAAGUAUGUCAACUUGGACUCAUGGAACCGCCAGUUACUGGAUAAAUACUGCCAAGACUAUGGAGUGGGAAUCAUUGGCUUUUACCGUGCUAAUGAAAACUCACCAUCCAGUGCUCAGCUCAGAGGCUUCCCUUUAUUCUUGCGUUCCAACCUACCACUUUGGGAUUACAGAGUCAACCCUGCUGCCCCCCUGCUUUACAUCACCAAACCUAAUGAACUGGAACCUGGCCUUCUUCCUGCAGACAACUGGACCACCUUCCUGUCCAACCACAGCACCUAUGAGCUAGUUCUAUUAGCUAGCCCCAGACCAGCAGAACCCAAUCAGGUCCCAACACACUCCCACCAACAGAGGGCACUGCUGGCUACGGUUGUCCAGGACCUAGGGCUUCAUGAUGGGAUCCAACGGGUGUUCUUCGGUGGUAAUUUGUCUUUUUGGCUGCACAAGCUGUUGUUCGUGGAUGCUGUGGGUUAUUUAACUGGUAGGCGAUUGAGUCUGACAUUGGACAGAUUUUUGCUGGUGGACGUGGAUGAUAUAUUUGUUGGGAAGGAGGGGACACGCAUGAAAGUAGCAGAUGUGGAGGCACUGCUUCACACACAGAAUAAACUUCGUUCUCUGGUUCCCAAUUUUACCUUCAACCUGGGAUUCUCUGGCAAAUUUUUCCAUACAGGUACAGAUGAGGAAGACGAGGGUGAUGAUACUCUUCUCAGACACAGACAGGAGUUCUGGUGGUUUCCACACAUGUGGAGUCACAUGCAGCCUCAUCUCUUCCACAACGUCAGCGUGCUCGCAGAACAAAUGAGACUCAACAAGCAGUUUGCACAGGAGCACGGGAUCCCCUCAGACAUGGGCUAUGCUGUUGCCCCCCAUCACUCAGGUGUUUACCCUGUGCACAGUCAGCUUUAUGAGGCCUGGAAGAGUGUGUGGGGCAUCAAGGUGACCAGCACAGAAGAGUAUCCUCAUCUCAGGCCUGCCCGCUACCGCAGGGGCUUCGUACACAAUGCCAUACAGGUUCUCCCUCGGCAGACGUGUGGGCUUUUCACACACACAAUCUUCUAUAAAGAUUAUCCUGGAGGCCCUCAGGAGCUGGACAAAAGCAUUCGUGGAGGAGAGCUCUUUCUUACAGUGCUGCUCAAUCCGGUCAGUAUAUUCAUGACUCACCUGUCGAAUUAUGGCAAUGACCGACUGGGCUUGUACACCUUUGAGUCACUGGUGAGGUUUGUGCAGUGCUGGACUCACUUGCGCCUGCAGACUCUGCCGCCCGUCCGCCUCGCUCACAAAUACUUCCAGAUUUUCCCUGACGAGAGAGACCCCUUGUGGCAGAAUCCAUGUCAUGACAAGAGACACAAAGACAUUUGGUCCAAAGAAAAGACCUGUGACAGACUACCCAAGUUUCUAGUGAUUGGCCCUCAGAAGACAGGUACUACUGCACUGCACUCAUUUCUUUCCCUCCACCCUGCCAUUACCAGCAGCUUCCCCAGCACUGCCACCUUUGAGGAGGUGCAGUUCUUCAGCGGACCAAACUACCAGCGUGGCAUUGACUGGUAUAUGGAUUUUUUCCCUGUACCCUCUAAUGCGAGCACAGACUUCUUGUUUGAGAAGAGUGCAAACUACUUUGACACUGAGACUGUCCCAAAGAGAGCAGCUGCUCUGUUACCCAGAGCCAAAAUUAUCACCAUACUCAUCAGCCCCGCUGACCGGGCGUAUUCCUGGUACCAGCAUCAGAGGGCUCAUCAGGACCCUGUGGCACUCAACUACACCUUUCAUGAGGUGAUCUCGGCAGGUCCCUCCUCUCCUACUGCUCUGCUGUCUCUGCAUCAUCGCUGUCUGCAGCCUGGAGCUUACAGCAUCCAUGUGGAGCGCUGGUUACACCACUACCAGUCCAGUCAGCUGCUGAUGGUGGAUGGUGUGCAGCUGCGCUCCAGUCCUGCUCAGGUGAUGGAUGGCAUUCAGAAGUUCCUGGGAGUCACACCGUACUACAACUACACUCAAGCUCUCACGUUUGAUGAGAGUAAAGGUUUCUGGUGUCAGAGACUGGAGGCGGGUCGCACUCACUGUCUGGGAAAAAGCAAAGGAAGGAAAUAUCCAGACAUGAGCCAGGAGUCGAGGGCGUUUCUGUCAGAAUAUUACCGUGAGCAGAACGUGGAUUUACUCAGGCUGUUUAAACGUCUGGGGCAGCCUCUGCCCAUCUGGCUCAGAGAUGAACUGCACAAUGCUAGCUGGAGCUGAUGAGAACCUACACAAAGAGGAACCAUGCUAGAACCCUGCUCCACACAGGAAAACUCAGGAGGCCCGUGUGUGUCGGGAGCUGUAAGAGGGCAUCUAAUCCUCUCGCCUUCCAUUAUCCGCACGGGCUCCGAGAGAGCAGAUGGGCGGAUCACGCUGUCAGUCCACACAAAAUCAAGUUUCCAGAGUCAACCAUGUUAUGUGAGCUUGUAGUGGACUUUAAUGGAAUCAAGGAUAUAUGGAAAUGAGAGCUUCCUGAAAGGACAGCGCUCAAAAGACUUCCAGAGUGGUUUAAAACCAGCUGUGAACUGCCCUUUUUGAAAUGCAAAUGUGGUCUCUAGGAAAAGCGGGAAUUGCACAGAACCUGCAGGAGAUGAACAUUGUUCAUAUUUAUAUGAAAAGAUGGACCCAAGUGUUUUAAUUCUGCCAAGCAGAGAAGUAUUUAAAUAUGUGUCUCAUAAAUUUCAGCCAUCUUGCUGUCUUUUAUUUGUAAAAACAACUCUAUUUAUGUGAUUUUUGUAAAAAAGUUUAACAAAUAAUAUCUGUUGAGUCCUGGGAAAUUGAUUAUAUCCUUGCCAGACCAAACUUCACCUCUGCAGAAACAAAUGUUUUGGCCAAUAUGAAAAAUACUGUAUGCUGCAGACUUUUAUUGCCAAUGAGUGAAUGUGCAUUGUGUGUUUGUGUAGCAGUUGGGUAUAAAGUCUGUGAAUUCACAGUAAUGUGAUCUGAAGUAACGUCUGGUCUUUUUAACUAAACACACCUCGGCAAAUAAAGGAACAGAACUUUCGAUACAGCACUAGGGGACAGAGUACCGUAUCUCUUUUCCUGCAGCCUAGUUUAUCAGAUGGAAGGAAGAGUUGGAGCUGGAGAGAGAGUUUGAUUAAUCACCAAAUAUAGAAACAAGAGACUCGCCCUCCAUUUCAGAGCUCUAGGGCCCAGCCGGUCAACUGCAGGAAGUGAAACCCUUAAAUAAGACUUGCUCAGGUCCUCUGGGAGACACCACAGACAGUACACAGUGUGCUGGAGUGUACAGGAAAAGAAAAAAUUGUGAACUCCAAUCAGCAUCUGAUUGCAGACACACAGUUGAUGCAGCAAAUGAUUCUUGUAUUAUUAACUUCGCUGCCCUUCAAAGGCAAGACGCAGUAAUUACAACAAUGCAAACUGAAAAAAAUUGGCUUUAAUUUGCAUGGUUUGUCACAGGACAAAUCAUUAAGGUCAUUUACAGAUUAUUAAGUGUUAAGAGACUCAAUUCUAGUCAUAACUCAAUUUUGACCAAUACGUAUAGUUACUGCUCUUUACCUUUGCACAGCAGAAUAGUGGCUGAGUAAAACUUCCUUCAAAUGCCAAAGCAGUUCUUUACAGUUGAACACCAAUAAAAGUGACAUGCUCUUCAACAUUGUAUUAUCUUUACUGUGAAGGAUAAGUGUCCAUUUAUAAUAAGUUUUUUAUUAUGCCUGUUUAAAGCAGAGAAAGCCCAGGUUAUGUCAGUUUGAGGUCUGAUUUAAAGUACAUUAAAGAUGGACAUGUAUGGUACAUUUCGUGGCUGUUGGUCCAUUAUUAUAUGUAGCCAGGUCAUUAAAGUCAAA